CUGAGAAGUGAAUUGGGUUUUGUUGUUGAACACUCGCUUUACUUUAGUUAUCGUCAACCGAGAAAAGAGCAACGACAAGAGAGAAGAAGAAGAAGAAUCUUGUUUUUUUCUCAUUUUCUUCUCAUUUUUUAUUUUCCUUUUUCAUCUUCUUCAUCUUUAUCUUCAUCAUUCUCUUCCAUUCGCUUUCUUUUUUCUUCCUCUCAUUUUUACCCCGUUUUUACACCAUUUCCAACCCUUAAACACUUAUCAUCAAGUUAUCAUCAGUUUAUUUUUUUUAACUUAUUUACAUCUUCAACUAUUUUUGCCUUAUUUACAUCCAUAAAAUGAGACAAUCUUGCAGGUAAAGUUGAACACAAAUGAGAAAGAAAGUGAGGAAAAAAAGAAGAAAUCAAAUUGACUUUGCAAAUGUAAAUUUCCACCUUGAAAAACCCACCAAAAACCAAAACUCAUGAUUAACCGAUCAAUUGAAACCUGUUAAAUGUAAAGUGUUAACACAAAUUGAACAAAAAAACUUAAAAUUAGUGUGCGUCUUUUAAACCAAUAAUUAAACUUGUUUGAGUGUGAAAUAUUUCAAAUUGAGCGCCUCUUCGAAUGCUUUACCCAAUUUUCAUCUCAACAUUAAAUUGUUUCCAAACUUUCUCAACACUUUCUUAUUUGCUUCAACAACCAAACUCAAAUCAAGGUCCAACCUGAAAAACCCCCGAAGAUGUAAAAGUUACAUAUUCUAGUUUCAUUUCUCUUCUUUUCUCAUUUUUACUUCUCUUUCUCUCUCUCUUGAUCCAUCUUCAUCUUCACCUUAUUUUCAUCAUUUUCUUGUAAAUCUCAUGUUGUUAUUGUGUUAUUGUGAGAUAUAUUGUUUUGUGUGGCUUCCCUUUACAACAUUGUAAGCUCAACAUUGAAGUUGCCCCAUUAAAAUCGCCGCAACAUGGCGUCAUCAUCAUCAACUUUAAUCAUGUUUCGCCAUUUUAACUUUCACUAACUUUCUAAUGUGUAUAAGACAUUGUUUUUACCCAUUUCAACCUUUAAAUUCACUGUUAUUCAACAUUUUACAUCACAGUCCAGUAAAAUGUUGACUAUGAAAGGAUAACUAUUUUUUGCAAUUAGCUAAUCAGUUGAAGUAAAAGUACAAAGUGUCUGUUUAUUUUGGUGCUGUUAAAACAUAAUUACAGUCGCUAAGAAUCAUUUUGAUACCAGUUUUGUCAUUGCUUUCAAUUUUUGUGCUCAACUUUUAUCUUAACUCUGUGUGUUGACUUUUUUUUGUUCAACUUGGCUUUGAGUGAUUUUUGUAUUUAAACUUUAACUAUUGAUUCUGGUUGAACCAGCUUUGCAUGGUAACAGCAGAAUCAACGAGAGUUUCAUUGUUUCUCAAAGGUGCUAUCACACUUGAAUGGCUUACGAUCACAAAUCGUCUAUUGGCCGCUCAGAGGCAAGGUCAACUGGCUCAACAAAUUCACCUUUGCUCCAUCGAUCUGCUUUACGAAACAUUCGUUCAAACACUUUACCCCGAUCCAAUCGUAUCCUAACUGGCACUGUAAGUGAUCCAGCAGCAAGCUCAUCAACACAAGGUUCACUUUCACCUUCAAUGGUUACCACAAGUGGUUCAAAUCAAGGGUCCCAGCGACCAACAAGCUCAACUGGAUCAACUAGUUUAGCAUCAUAUUCACCUUGCUCCAUCAUUUCGGAAAAUGAGGUUAACGAGACUCGAUCACAAGGGUCAAGUCCACUUCCCCUUACCGGCAACCCUAACAACAUUUACACGGAUAAAAAUAAUGUUGCCAAUGAUAAUAACAACAACACCUCGAAAGCUUUCACACAGGUUACAGUAUCAGUUUCAAGUGCACCCAAAUCACCGGUUAUGCCCUUCCGAGUCUCUUCCCUACAUAAAGGAUUAGCCAAGUUGAGUCUUCGUCGUCGACACACUUCAAGUCCAACUACACCUACCGAUGGUCAACCUUCAACCGUUAACCAUUCAGCCUCCUCUUCACGUUACCUUUCAUCAACACCACCUCUUUCACGUUCAUCAACUCGAGACAAUUCACCAGUCAACUACUCGUUGCUUCAACGCAAUCUCAUCACAUUGUCAAAUAUAGCAAACAAAAAAGGUGCACUUUUCAGACGUCAUUCCACUGAUCCAGAGUCCCGUCGUCGUGGUACUGUUGGUGCUCAAAGAUCUUUGGAUGGUUCCCUUGAUUUGUCUCAUCACAAUCAUCUUUACCUUUUCAGAGAUACUCGUGAUUCCAGAAGUGGAAGUAUCUACGGAAGUAAUGAGCCGAUCUGUGAUAGACUUGACUUCGAAGAACUUGAGGGCGAUGAAAACCUCACUUACGUCAAAUUUUUUAAGUUUUACCGUUGCUACGAUUUAAUUCCGAUCAGUGCCAAAUUAGUAGUUUUUGACACUCAAUUAUUGGUUAAGAAAGCAUUUUUUGCUCUUGUCAGCAAUGGAGUACGAGCAGCACCUCUCUGGGAUAGUGCCAAACAUCAAUUUGUUGGGAUGUUAACCAUUACUGAUUUUAUUAAUAUCUUAAGAACCUACUACAAAUCGCCGUUGGUAAAAAUGGACGAACUCGAGGAGCAGAAAUUGGAAACUUGGAGAAGCGUUUUAAAGGAGAAUGCUCCAUCCCUUGUCAGUAUCAAGCCCGAUGCAAGUCUCUUUGAUUGUAUCAAAGCCUUAAUCCACAACAAAGUUCAUCGGUUACCAGUUAUCGAUCCAGAUACUGGAAAUGUUCUUUACAUCGCAACCCAUAAACGAAUUCUUAGAUUUCUUUUUCUUUACUAUUAUGAUCUACCACAGCCUAGUUACCUGCAAAAGCCACUUCGUGAACUCAAAAUUGGAACCUACGAAAAUAUAGCUGUUACCACAAUGAAUACUCCACUGAUAACAGUUUUGCACCAAUUUAUUGAUAGAAGAGUUUCAGCACUGCCUAUUGUCGAUGAAAAAGGACGAGUUAUUGACAUCUAUGCUAAAUUUGAUGUUUUCAAUCUUGCUGCCGAAAAGACAUACAAUAACCUUGAUAUUCCCGUAAAGAAAGCCUUGGAGCAUCGUGCCCAUUACUUUGAAGGAGUUGUUAAAUGCACUCUUAAUGAAACUUUUCAUGCAAUCCUGGAAAAAAUAGUCAAAGCAGAGGUCCACAGGAUUGUGGUUGUUGAUGAUAAGGACAUGAUUACAGGAAUGAUUUCACUGUCUGAUAUAUUGAAAUUCCUUGCUCUUCGUCCAGUUAAUCAAGAGGUCACCAUGGGCUUCAGUGAUAUCGAUUCAUACGUUUUAACAGAAGAGUUCGAGGAAGGCAGUGAGCUAAAAAGCGAAACAUAAAUGGAACACUUCACAUGCAAUGAAAAUGAGAUGAAAAUAAGAAUCAAGAAAAACGUUUAUUUGUAUCUAAUAUUAAUGGUAAUACGGGUUGUUGAAAGUCAAUUCACUUCUUUUUUAUGUUAACUAACUUUCUGAGUACUUUGCCAAUUAAUUGACUUUCUAAUCCGUCUUAUCCUUUUCAUUUCAAUUUUUUCUCGUCUUUAUCAGUCCAUUUCUUUACAUUAAACAUUUCAAUAUACGCAAAAAUAGUUACUUUUAAGUAAUUCUUUUAGAUUUUUUGUCAUUGUAAAGACAAAAUUAUUGAAGUAUUCAUAUUAGUUUUUCUCAUGUUUACCUUUUAUAUACUAAAGAUUCGAGUAAUUAUCAGGUAAGAAAAACGAAACAAAGAAAUGUGAUGUAAAGCAAACAAAACCAAUUACUGCUUGUAAAUUUUAGCAUCAAGUGUACCAAAAGUUCAUUUAUUCAUUAUUGCUUCAGAUCAAUGGAUUUGAUUAAAUUUAAUGUAAAAUUGGAUCCAUUCUCUUCAUGUAAACCAAUCACUUUGAAACUUGAAAUUUCACAAAAAAUUGAGCAAUUUAAAUCACAUUUUAUCCACUU